AUGAGCACUUCCGGUCUACUGGAGUGGGAAUUUUCGUUGCCCUCCGAUCAGAUAAUUUCCCAUGCCUGGUUCCACGGUGCUUUGAGUCGUACCGCCGCCGAGAGUUUGCUACAACAUGACCGAGAAUUUUUAGUGAGGGAGUCCUCUUCUCAGCCCGACAACUUUGUCCUUAGCUGUCGGUCUAAUGGACAGCAUUUGCACUUUGUCAUCCAACGGAUUGUCGUCCAUCCUGAAACUGUUUAUGAGAGAUGUCAAUACCAGUUCGAAGAUGAAGCAUAUGAUACAGUUGCUGAUCUUAUAACUUCCUACGUUGGUUCUGGAAAGCCAAUAUCAGCGGCUUCUGGUGCCAGAAUACAAUAUCCAGCUAAUCGUGUUGUACCCUUGACCAACUACAUGCCUAAUGAGAAUAUGAAUUCUGCAGUAUCUCCUAUAGGCGAAGUUUCAGGAUACGGCAACCCUUAUAGCUUAUACAGUCAUUUCGCGUCCAAGCCGGGUAUGCAAUUGCGAAUACCCUUUAAGAAACAAAGAUCUCACUCUUUGACUCCAAUAGAUAUAGCCCACCAUGUCACUCACGGUAAAAGUGCGAGUGCCGAUGGCGUUAUUCUAAGUCAAACGAAUAAACACCUUAAACAUUUUUCAAGCGAAUCAAAUUCCGGUUCCGGAUCAUGGGAUCCGAAUUUGCCUAUCAGCCCGCCCGCAAAACCAGCUCGGUAUGACGGACCGAAAGCUGAUGAUAGGCGACUUGAACUUCAAAGACUUUAUCAGGUAUCUGGCUCUGAUUCUGGGAACGGAUCCGGUGAUUCUACUCAAAGCUCCGCUCACAGUGACCCUAAUAAAUCAAGAAUGGACUUGGACUACAAUUUAGUAACACCCACAAUGAAGCAGCAAUUUGAUUAUGAACUCACUGAAGCUAAGUUAUUGCAGGCUGAAAAUUUAGAGUACAUAAUAGAAUCAAGAAUAAACUUGGAAAACUUUCAGUCACAGAUUAUAAUGACAAAUCUCACUAAACCGCUAGAAUCCGAAACAUUACAUACUAUAAAACUUUUGUUGCGUACAUCUGGCCCGCGGAUUUUAGCGAAUCAUAUGGCAAAAGUUGACCUGCAAUUCCUACUAGAGGAAGCAAUUCAAAUUGAAGGUCUCGACAAAACAGCAUCAGGUUUAGAGCUGUGUUUUUUACCACAGGGUCGAUCUCUAAGGAUGGAUGUGAUCGAAAGAAUUGAAACAUUUCGUCUCCUCGUUGCCGUGACCAUAUUGACCUGCCAAAGUGAUAGACAAAGAGCAGAUACUAUUAACGAUUGGAUACUGUUAGCAGUUGAAACGAAGACUGCUCUAGGGAACCUGUAUGGUUUCUCAGCUAUAAUGUUCGGUCUUUGUAUGCCCCAGGUGGAGUGUUUAGAAAACGCUUGGAGCAUACUUCGUCAAGUUAACACAGACAACGCCUUUAUGUUCGAAGCCAAAUUGAGGCCAUGUUUCAAAAGCAUGAAUGAGGGUACGAAUCCUUUACCUCCAAACACGACCACGCCGUAUGUGUUACCGCCAGUUCUUUGCUUCCAUAUGUUUGAUGGCGACGGCGGUGGUUUGAUGCAACCAGAUGAAACUUUCCCAAGCAGUCUAAUGAAUACGCUAGAGUUCGACUUUAAUACUACAGCAGCUCACUUAGAUGCGGCAAGACACUUCCCUGAUCAAGUCGAUAUGUUCAAAAGAAACGCGAGAACGGUGGUCCAGGAAAUGUCAUCUCUAGGACCAUCUCUGGAUCCGGUUUUACUCGAGCUCUUUAGAACUGAAUUUCAUAUAAAUUUUCUCUGGGGCGAACGUGGCGCACUGACUACGCCAAAUCAAAGAUUUGCAAGGCUUACUGACAUACUUAGUGCGAUGGCUUCUAAAUUGAUAAAUCAGCCCCCGCUUCCAGACGAUAGAAUUUAA